UUUAUUUUAACCUUCGAAGGUAUGGAUAUUCUAUCUUCAAUUAUUCGUAAAUAACGUUUCAAGUACCUUCGCUUCGUACCUUCGAAGGUACCGAAUCAAGGUACUUUUUUCGGCUACAUACUUGCAUUGUACCUUCGUAUGAGUCUUGUAUGUCCAUACCUGCCUAUAUCGCUUUUCCGGUGCAGACAGUCGCGGAUCAAAAUCCGACGUAAACCGGUCGACUCGACACCCAAAUGUCUGAGUUGGAAGAAGUAAAAUUUAGGCUUGCCCGCGAAAUAGAUGCUCGAGCAAGCGAGCGCGCCGGGCGCAUACGCGCGGAAACGGAACUCCGCGAAUUGAAGCUCAGGUUAGGCUCUUCACCUCGGCUUCCAGUGCACGAAAGUCUCGAACGCGACGAUGUUAUGACGAACACGAAAGCUGAACCGGCAACCGCCAUAACUCCUCGGCGCACUGGUCGUAAUUUGACAAGUGCACUUAGCAGCUCACCUUCGUUGCCGGCGUUUACCUCGUCGUUCACGUUUUUACCGGCUGCAACUUUCUAUUCAUGCUUUGCGCAACGGAACGGGACACCACGCCAGCCCUCUCUCGUGCCACUUGCGCGUGGCAGGAUACAACUACACGGCCACGUCGCCAAGGAAAGUCUUGAAGGAUUAAGCCAAUUUAGCCAUCUUUGGCUCCUUUUUGUAUUUCAUCUAAAUACCGAUCUGCAUCAAACUGUCCUAUGCGCGCCACACGAGCGCAACACCGGUAGGAUACAGAAAAGGAGCACCGUGAAAGCCAAGGUGCGCGUGCCCUCACUCGGUGGGGAGAAGAAGGGUGUCUUUGCAACUCGUACUCCACACCGUCCAGUACCAAUAGGUUUGUCACUUGUCGAGUUGCGAAGCAUUGAAUUCGAUAGAGGCUAUUUAGAAGUAGUUGGUGCUGACUUGGUGGACGGGACGCCGAUUCUUGAUGUGAAACCUUACAUACCGUUUUCUGAUGCCCCGUCAUCCGGUACUUCAACCGUGUUUGUUCCGGGUUGGGUAACGUCGGCAUGUGGUACCCCAGUAAAAGACUAUUUCGCAUGCUCAUCUGUGUCGUGGGCGCCGAAUGUUCGUGAGUCGCUCCGUGCUUUCUGGAUUUCUCGUGGUGGUUUUAAAGUAUCCCUCUAUGACAACCCCGAUGAAUUCCUGAGGUUGGUUGAGCAAGUUCUGUUCCGUGACAUUCGAUCAACUCAUCAGCGAUCAAAACAAACCAACUGCGAUGACGUAUGUCGCACGGGGAAAUGGCGAGUUGUCCUCGAUGGGAUCUCGAUACGAUACGACAUCAGCACCACAAAUGAUGUAGUCAUAGUCGCGCACGAUAACGAUCUUUCUGUAGCCAACAACUAAGUAUUUUUUCUUCAAGCACAUGAACGUGGAAAACCAACAUGAAACAAUCCAUGAAACGAGGUAUUCAAAUAGCCACAUGUAAAUGGCCACGACUCAGCCCCUCGUUGUCAUUGCACCAGUUCUAAAAAACGGGCUUCAAGCUCCAUCAACAUGGCAUGUAUGAGCGCAGUAAAUUUGCUGUGAGCGAGGCUACCAUCUUCAUAAAUGUAGUCGCACACAACCAAAGCAGUGUCUACUCUCAGCGUUCCAGAUGCCCCACCGCCGCCGUGUGCUCUUAAAACCAGCUUUAAAGUCUCGCUAGAUCUUGUCAGCUCGCUUUCCAGCGAUAUCCGGUAGUUUAAUUUUGAACAACACCUUGACGCAACUCUCUGCGUUGGGAAAAGAACUGAUCGCUUCUCAAAAACAAUAACAAAAACAUGCAGUAUCGCACUCAGUGAAAAGUAACCUGCUAUGAACGCUAUCAUGACAUCGUGGCUAUCUGGAUACUCCACCGGGUAUAGUUGGGCAAAUAGUGCAAUCCCGCAUGUAAAUAUUCCGACGUAAAUCUUCAGGCAGGUUGUGAUCUGUGACUCAGAAUAUCCCAGUUCAUGUAAAUUCUGGAAGCUCAUAGAAGGAAGCUACCACUUAGAUUUCCCAAUUAGAUUUCAUACCAGAGUUUAAAGCAAGGGUGUUCCUGGUUACGCACCGCAAUCGCAAGCUCAUCAAAAGCCCGUUUCAACUGGCCCGAGUCCAAUAAAUCGUGUUGCUUUGGCAAGUGGAA